AUGUCCCAAGCUACUCUCGCACGACGCAAGAAUCGAAAGGGGACGGCCUCUCCAUCUCCAUCCCCAACACCUCCUCUUCCACCUCAACCCAACUUCCGCUUGAUGACGAGUGUGCCAGAGUCAUUUGAUAUGGACACAGGCGAGGGAUCAUCUGGGCAGUUUGACGACAUGCCUGCCUCUGAUGGUGGGUACGAAACCAUUGGACUGCUUCCUGACGCUGAGGACCAUGAAGUCGAUUCUACUAUGGCUGAAGUGGACUAUUGGUUGGGUGCUGGUGCAAGUCAAGAGAUCACAUCUAUGUGUGUCGAUGCCGACUUGUCACCGGAUGAGGACAUCAGCCCCUCCAGUGUGGAAGGAAAUCCACGCGCUAGUGCUGUGCCGUCGAGUGUUGAUGAGGAGCUCGAAAAUAGACCGCCUCAGGACGGUCGUGGUUCUCCAUAUGUCAAUCCGGUUGAUGCACCCCUGGCUCCUCCCUUGCCAGACAAUCCUUUCCCUCUGCUCAACCCUUAUCCACAGUUCAUUUUCCCCGAUCCAAUGCUCAUGAACGUCUCUGUUCAAAAGGAUGCUCUGAAAGAGGUGCUCCCUAGGGCGCAUGAUUUCGCGCCACCUCGGUUGGUUUUGGACGAUCUUCCCGUUUAUGGACCUUCCUCCACUUUGCCAAAGGACACGGCGAAGGAGGCUUAUUUCAAAGCACUUGGCUUUGGACCCCCAGGAGUGUUGUCUGUUGAUCACACACCUUCCUCCGCUUUGCCAAGCAACAUGGCGAAGGAGGCGUACCUCCAGGCACUUGGAUUUGGACCCCCUGGAGCCUUGUCUGUUGAUUGUGCUCCAUCUUUGACUGAACGCCCUGCUUGCACAUUAGUGUUCGCAGGUCCAGUUAAGUCCAGUUUUUUACCUCAAAACGACGCAACUGGCAACUGCAACCAGUCUAGACCGAUCCAAAUAUUGAGGGACCGCAACCGGACCGCUUUGGACCGGUCUUUUUCGGUCCACAACGCAAAAAAAACCGGUCCAGACCGGUUGCGACCGGUCUUUUGUUGA